AUGGCUGAAAAUGCUGCUGCUACGCCUGUGGCUGUUCCUACAGUGACUCCCCCUGCACCAGCACCUGCGGAAAAACCGGCCAAGUUUUUCGGUGUUGAUUUCAAGAGGUGGCAGGCAAAGAUGUUCUUUUAUUUGACAAAAUUGUCAUUGCAAAGAUACAUCAAGGAAGAUGCUCCUAAACCGGCAGAGUCUGUAUCGAAAAAGGAACGUUUCGUGGUAGUUGAAGCUUGGAAGCACUCAGACUUCUUGUGUAAAAAUUAUAUUUUGAGUGGUUUAGAUGACUCAUUAUAUAAUGUUUUUUGUACUGCUUCUACUUCACGAGAAUUGUGGGAAGCUCUCGAGAAGAAGUACAAAACUGAAGAUGCCGGUAUGAAGAAGUUCAUAGCCGCUAAGUUUCUUGAAUUCAAGAUGGUUGACAAUAAACUUGUCUCAACCCAAGUUCAAGAAUUACAAGUCAUUGUUCAGAAUCUUCUUGCCGAAGGUAUGAUGAUCAAUGAAGCUUUUCAAGUAGCUGCCUUCAUCGAGAAGUUACCACCCUCAUGGAAGGACUUCAAGAACUACUUGAAACACAAGCGAAAAGAGAUGUCGCUUGAAGACUUGAUUGUCCAUCUCAGAAUUGAAGAGGACAACAAGAUGACCGAAAUUAAAGCUCGCAGGACAAGCUCAGUCUUAGGAGCAAAUGUUAUUGAGCAUGCUUCAUCUCUUGGUCACCGAGCUGUGGAUUGCCGUGGUCCAAAGACCAAGAAGAAAAACAAUGUUAAAAUCAUGGAGAUUGCUUCCAGAGUGGAAGAUAUUGAUUUGUGUGUCAUGAUCUCUGAAGUUAACUUGGUUGGAAAUCCAAAAGAGUGGUGGAUGGAUUCUGGUGCUACCCGCCAUGUGUAUGCCAAUAAGUGGAUGUUCUCAUCUUAUGUUCCCGCUAAAGAUGGAGAAACUGUGUUCAUGGGAAAUUCCACAACUGCGAAGGUUGAAGGAACUGGAAAGGUUGCCCUCAAGAUGACCUCCGAAAAGAUAGUGACUCUCAUUAAUGUUCUUCAUGUACCAGAGAUCCAGAAGAACUUAGUGUCGACAUCACUGAUGGUGAAACAUGGAUUCAACAAAGAUGAAGCUAUUGUUGCAUUUAAACAGUCCAAAAAUGAAGUUGAGACACAACUCAACAAAAAGAUCAAAAUGAUCAGAAGUGAUAGAGGCGGUGAAUAUGUAUCUCCGUUUGAAGAAGUAUGUUUGGAAUUUGUCCAAUGGAAUUGCAAAAAGGAAGAAUCGAACAUUGAAAGAGAUGAUGGAUGCCUUAUUGAUAAGUUCUGGUUUACCCGAGAACAUGUGGGGCAAAGCUAUUUUAAAAGCUACUCAAAUACUCAACCUAGUUCCUCACAAUAA